CGUAAAUCGGAAAGAUUACAAUUUGAGAGAAUCAUUGCAAUUUACCGCAAACUACAAAGAUUCGCUUGCUUUCGCUUCCAAUGAUCCUUAGUUCUGUGCGUGCGUGUCUAUCAUUAAGCACUGCACCCCCACCGCCGUCGCCGAUAAGUCCGCAUUACUUUUGCAACCGUUAAAGCAAAGCCUUCGUUUUCCGGUUUCGUUUUCAAAAAUAGCCGAUUUCAUUCUCGUCGGCGACGUUCACCGACGCACCGGAGCUCUAUAAUGAUUGGGAAGAAAGAGAAUUGAAGCACAGGACAAUUAGUAUGCAGGGUUUAGGGUUUUGGCUGACCUCCAAUUAAUGGAUUUUGGUCCUUUUUGCUUGUAAAGGCUUCUAUUAUUCUUGCUACUUUUCUUAUGCUAUUUGAUUACGAGCUCUAUAAUGAUGGGGAAGAAAGAGAAUCGAAGGACAGGGACGAUUAGUAUGGAGGAUUGUUCCCCUCUAUUGGAAAGAUAUUCAGUGAGGACGAUACUUACUUUGCUUCGGGAGGUGGCCCAGGUUUCGGGAGUGAGAAUUGAUUGGGACAAAUUGGUGGAGAACACGUCCACUGGGAUUUCUGAUGCUCGGGAGUAUCAGUUGUUAUGGCGUCACUUGGCUUAUCGUCAAACUUUACUGGAGGACAUGCAUUCUGUUACUGAUUCACUGGAGUUUGAUUUGCAGGAUUAUGAUAGUGAUUUGGAUUUUGAGGUAGAGCCUUUUCCAUCUGUCAGCAGUGAGUCCUCUAAUGAAGCUUCAGCAUGUGUGAAGGUGCUUAUUGCUAAUAGUAUACCGAAUGAGUCAGAUGUUCCAAAUAGUUCUGCGGUUGAGGCCCCAUUGACUAUAGGUAUAUCCAAUUGUCAACCAUCUACCGACAAUCUUGACCAUCAUCAAUCUACCUAUUUGCAAAGAAUGUCGGUUACGAUUCCACUCUCAAUUCAGAGACAACCUAUUCCAAUGCCAUCAGCAACUGAAGUUAUUGAUGUGAAUGGAGCAACUUCUCGAAAGAGAAGAAAACCUUGGUCGAAGGCAGAGGAUUUGGAGUUGAUAGCGGCUGUCGAGAAGUGUGGUGAAGGAAAUUGGGCGAAUAUCUUGAAAGGAGACUUCAAGGGAGAUAGAACUGCAUCACAACUUUCUCAGAGGUGGUCCGUUAUUAGGAAGCGGCGAUGUAAUUUGAACAUAGGAGCUAGCACCUCAAGUACUGCUCAUAAAGCUCAGAUUGAUGCUGCACACCGUGCAUUAUCCUUUGCCCUUGAUUUGCCGGUGAAUAACUCAAAAACAGCAGCAAAUUCAAACAUAAACAGUAGCAUUGUUUCUUCUGCAAGUGGUUCUGAAUCUUCGAUUCAAAUGCAGAAUCAGUCUCCACAGAUCUCCAUGCCUUCAAGAAGAAUCAACACUCCCAAGAAUUCGUUGAUGAUAAAGUCUACUCACGAUUCUGAUUCUAUUGUUAGAGCAACUGCCGUAGCUGCAGGGGCCCGAAUUGUUUCCCCAUCCGAUGCUGCAUCUCUACUGAAAGCCACACAGACAAAAAAUGCAAUCCAUAUAAAGUCCAAAUGCAAGCUCAAACUAUGUAAGUGGUAAAUCUACUAUGGUGGGCAAUAACACAACGAAGGCUGUCUCACCAAAAUUUCUGCAUCAUCGUUCUACCGCUAUUUCGACAAAUCCACCAUCAAACCAAGUAAGCCCAACAACUGAGUCUCCAUUGAAGCAAGAGGUUAAUAGUUCAAAAGAACGUAAAACUCCCGAGGCAAUCAUAACCACAAAAGAGGAGUUUCGAGAAAACAGCACGGGGAGUGAUGUCAAGAUUAGGGGCUGACUAAACAUAAAAGAAAGUGAGAAAAAGUCCAUACCAUAUAUCAUGGGGGCAUUGUACAAAUAAUAAACAACUGAGAUUGACAAUCACGGCUAUAGCAGGUGAAUGUACAGAAACAUCAGUAGGUGUAAGUAGUGAAUGAUAUGGCACAUUCUUUUAUUUAUGAAUUUUGUUGUUAUUUGGGGUGUGGGGUCAAUGCAAAUGCUCAACAACCACUGAAAUUUGGAAGCUCAUAUUUUUCAACAAGAAAAGGAAAUUGUAUAGCUACAGUUUAUCUGUAAUUGAAGAUCCUGGAUUGAAGUCUGGAAUUUUUGAAUCUGGUGGACUGCCGUGCUAAAUCGCAACCAAAAUUCGAGAUUCAUCUCUAGUUGUCCAUCAAUAUGGGAGCGGAAUCUUUCUUCCGUUGGUGACAUGCUUCCUUCUGUGGGCUCAAUACUUUGUUCGCGAUAGGAAUCGGGAGUUGAAACUUGAUCUAUAUAUGGAGUUGAGGAUUCAGAGUACAAAUAGCUAGGAGCCUCAUGAAUGCUUUCUUGAGGUCAAUACAAAUAUCAUUUCAAAACACUCUCAACUAAUGAAUUAUUUUAUGAUUGGAGUGUGUAAGGAAUGUUGGGGUUUUUCGUGGUAGGAAGCAGGAUCACGAGGUUUGGUUUCUUAUUAGAUUUUAUGUAUCUCGUUGAGUUUUGAUUUCAAAGACAUUUUGUAACUAUUCCAUCACUAACAUUUUAUUUAUCUGGAACUCGUUCUUCUAGUUC